AGCACAUUCACAACAUUUCUCAAACCACCAGCGCAAGCAAAUUCAGUGGGGAGAAAAAUUAAAAAAGCAGGAAGCGGAGAAAGCUAGAAAACAUCAAUUCCAAAGAAAUCCCAGAUAGUCUGGAUUACUAGUAAGAGUAAGAAAACAUGGCGAGCAGGCGUAUACAGAAGGAACUAACGGAGUUGAAGAAGGAUACAUCAAGUUCAUUCACUGCUGGACCAGUUGCAGAAGACAUAUUCCAUUGGCAGGCCACCAUAAUGGGUCCUGCUGAAACUCCUUACUCAGGGGGCGCCUUUUUACUUCUCCUUCAUUUCCCCAAGGACUACCCCUUCAAGCCUCCUAAGCUCACCUUCCAGACCAAGGUUUAUCAUCCAAAUAUAAAUUUGAAUGGAAGUGUGUGUCUGGAUAUACUGAAAGAGCAGUGGAGUCCGGCACUGACUGUUUCCAAGGUGCUGUUAUCUGUGUGUUGCCUGCUGGCUGAUCCCAAUCCAGAUGAUUCUCUGGUGCCUGAGAUUGCUCAUCUUUACAAGAGUGACAGAGCUCGUUAUGAGGAUACUGCCCGAGCAUGGACACACAAAUAUGCGUCCAAUUUUUGAGUAAAAUGUGUAAUUAGAUACCAUGACUUAGAUUUCUGUAGAUACAGGAUAUAGUGUUGAAUGGUAGUUUAAUCAUUGUAUAUGAUACAGAGCAGUUUUUAUAUUUGUACAAUAAUUGCAAACUACGAGGGAUGCAGAAUUUUUUUUUUGUUUUGUUUUGGUCA